AUGACCUUGGCAAAGAUCAUCGAAAUCACUCACACGGUCAUCAUGUCCUUGAUCAUCACCUACUUCCUCACGUCGAACUCAUCAGAGAUGCUUGGAAUAACCGCCGUCACCACCUACUUCAGCAUCAGGUUCACCAGGGAGGUCUUCCAGCAGCAAAGCAACAAUAAUACCGGUCGAGCAGCAUCCCAGCGUCAACCCUGCAAAGACUUUCUUUACGCAGUCUCCACUCGCUUCCUGGUUACCCUCGUCAUCAUUGGAAGCAUCACACGCCCCAAGACAACAUAUGGCAUAAUUCUUGCUAUUCUACUUUUGCAAAUCUAUCAGAGGUGGACAGAGAAGCCCGGAAAUGUUGGCGCUCGUGACCCAUCACGGUUCCCAACUGUUGUGCCGGAUGAUAAUGUACUUGAGUAUCAUCACGAUUUCCACAAUCUGAUUGAGGCUGAAGGGGAGGAAUGA